AAGUUGCGACAUCCUCACCUUGCCCACCCAGCACAUCCCAUCAUUCGCCAUGCGAGAAGGAGGAAGCGAAACUAAUAAGUGCACACCCAUCUCCAUACGCCAGUGCCGAGCUCGCCUUCCAAGACGUCGUCAAUAAGGCCGUUGAAGCUCAGCUUCCAGCCCUGGUCGAAAGCAUGUUGCCCAACAUUCUCAGGAGCAUAUUGCCGGAUGUCCUCCAUAGAUCCCUUGCUCCCAGACGAUCACCUUCUUCGUCGCCUCCCCCUAGAGCCAGCUGUACCCCCCAACCCUCGCCUUCCCUCGGCACACUCAUAGCCGACCGCAUGGAAGUUCUGGCCAAGGAUCACUUGACUUCGAUCUUCGCCGAUGCCAAUGACCAAGCGUACAGCCUCCGUAAUCAAGCUGAGGGAGAGUUUGAAGACGUGGUUGCCGACCACAAGCUCGAUGUCGACACAAUCAAGGAGGACUGCAUACGAGAGCUUGGUGAAGUGGUUGACGACAAGCUGUGCAAGUUCAAAGAGGAAACCGAGCAGAUUGUCGAAACUGCCGUGGAAGAAGUAGGGACCAAAAGCGGUGAAGUUCGCGACGACUUCUGCGACGGGCUUGAAGAGUUCGUGAAGAUAGCUUCUGCUUCACUCAAGAAGUUGAGAGAAGGGAAAGGCCAUCGCAAUCGUAUGUCGACGAGUCAAGACUAA